AUGGUGCUGGUCCUAGCGCUGGGGGAUCUGCACAUCCCGCACCGUGCGCCCGACCUGCCCGCCAAGUUCAAGUCCAUGCUCGUCCCGGGCAAGAUCCAGCACAUCAUCUGCACCGGGAACCUCUGCAUCAAGGAAGUUCACGACUACCUUAAAAGCCUCUGUCCUGAUCUCCACAUUACUAGAGGUGAAUAUGAUGAGGAUGCUCGCUACCCAGAGACUAAAACAGUUACUAUUGGUCAGUUCAAGCUAGGGCUAUGCCAUGGCCAUCAGAGAAAGCUUGUCUGCUCAUGCAUUGAAUGUAUAAAGGUUGUUCCAUGGGGCGACCUGGACUCCCUAGCGAUGCUCCAGAGGCAGCUGGAUGUGGACAUCCUCGUCACCGGGCACACCCAUCAGUUCAAGGCCUACAAGCACGAGGGGGGUGUCGUCAUCAACCCUGGCUCAGGCACGGGCGCCCACAGCAGCAUCACAUAUGACGUCAACCCGAGCUUUGUGCUCAUGGACAUCGAUGGCCUCCGUGUUGUUGUCUACGUGUACGAGCUCAUUGACGGCGAGGUGAAGGUUGACAAGAUCGACUUCAAGAAGACCGCCACGAUGCAUGGCUGA